UCAACUCCAAUAACAUGUAAACAGACAAUGAUGUUUGUCAAUUAGACAAUGAGAAAAAGUAAACAAUGAAUGAAUGGACAUAUUUCAGUUAGAUUAUUUUCGUUGCUGUAUACACUGUGGCUCAAACAAGUUAGGUGCACCUAUUCGAGUAUGAAGACUUGGCUGUGAACUACUCGCUUUCUUAUUCCGCAUUACAAGUUUUUAACAAAAUGUAUGCUUUAUUGUUGUUCACUUCAGCAAUCAUCUAUCGUUGUUAUGGAGAUGAUACGUUGAUAUCUGCAGUUGUGAUUUUUAGGCAUGGAGCUCGAACCCCAGUUGAUCCUUACCCAAAUGACCCCUACAGGAGUGCAUCCUUUUGGCCUGCAGGAUUUGGUCAGUUAACAAAUGAAGGCAAGGAACAACAAUUUCAACUUGGACAAUGGUUCAGAAAGCGAUAUGCAGAUUUCAUGCCAGCUGAAUACUCGGAAAAAGACAUAUAUGUUAGGUCCACUGAUGUAGAUCGUACCCUCAUGUCAGCAGAAGCGAAUUUGGCUGGUUUUUAUCCACCUCAAAAAGAAUUCCACCCAGGUUUAGCGUGGCAGCCUAUACCGGUACACACAAUUGAAGAGACAAAGGAUGAAGUCUUAGCCAUGAAGAGACCUUGUCCGAAAUACAGCCAACUUUUAGAGGAACUAUUCAAACAGCCGUUCUUCCUGAACAUUUCUCACACUUAUCAAUACUUAUAUGCCUAUUUGACAAGAUACAGCGGUACAUUAGUUAAUAAUCCAGAUGAAGUUGAAUAUCUUUACAAUACCUUGACCAUCGAGAAGAGUUUUAAUUAUACACUUCCUGCGUGGACUGAGAAAGUGUAUCCAGAGAAAAUGGAAUACCUUGCAUCCCUUUCUUUUGCUCUAGACGCUUACACUCCGCAACUUGCAAGACUGAAAGCAGGACCAUUAUUUCAUUUAAUCUCCGAGCAUUUCAUCAAUUUCUCAUCUAUGCAUUCCUAUGAACAUCAUAAUCAUUCGAGAGAAAAUGUUUGGAACAGAAAGUUCCUCAUGUUUUCAGCGCACGAUACCACAAUAGCCAACGUUCUCAACUCAAUGGGACUGUUUGAUAUGCACAGUCCACCAUUUGCCGCAACCAUUAUAUUUGAAUUGAGACAACGAGUAGAUAAUAGUACCUACCUCAAUUUAUUCUACAAAAAUUCGACAAAUCCAGUGCAAUUACAUCUAAAGGGAUGCGAAUUAGAUUGUGAUUUGAACAGAUUUGUGGAACUCAUGAAACCAAUUAUUAUAGAUCCGGAGACAUGGAGGAUGGAGUGUGAAUUGAAUUGGAUCGAUGUUCUACCUUUUGAUCACAAGGGGAAUGUACUGGUUUUUACCGUUAUAGGUAGUUUUACAAUGAUCUCAUUACUUUUAGUUUGUAUGAUGCAAUGUUUGAAACCUGAAGCAGGCCCUAACAAGGCACUGUAUGAACAGUUGUCUAGUGAAGAUGCUUGAACAGCCAUAAACGUAAUAAAGUAUAAAAUUUGAA